CCGACUCGAUUAUUCUUCAACCCACACUUAGAGAGGUGGAAUCACAUAAAACCGAAUCGGUCUCAGUCAGCAGGCAGUGAGUGAUAUUCCAGAUUGAGUUGCGGGUCUGUUAUUCUCGUAAGCAAGGUGUCUGCUAUAUUGUUGUUGUUUUUACUGCAAAUCGCAACUAUUUAUCACUAGAGCCUGUUUUAUGUCUAAUUAUGUGUUUCAAGGGAUUCGAAUUGAACACUUUGUCAUCUCAAUCAGAAUUUGUUUUUAAUUAGGGGGGAGAUCAACAACGUCACGCAGGACUACUGUUUCAGUCGCAGUAAACAACUUUUAACCAUCGCCACCGCAAAUUGAUUGUAGGCCUGUAGUCUGCUAUUACACCGCCGCUACACCGCCAUCAUGCCUAGUCUGCGACAGUCUUACACCGUGACGGUGCCGGAGGAGUCGCCGGCAACCGCUUUCCCGUUCCUAAAGACGGACCUGCGCAGGAAGAGUCCUCCAAUGUCGCGGUCAAUGUUGAUGUCCACAUUUGUGGGUCUGCUUAUCAAUCAAGCCAAGAACUCCAAGAGUCCUCAAGGCCUAGUGGGACUGAGAAACCUCGGCAACACAUGUUUCAUGAACUCGAUCCUGCAGUGUCUGAGCAACACUCCUGACCUGAGGGACUACUGUCUGAGGAACACACACCGCACCGAACUCAACAACAACUGCAGAGCCAAGGCUGCUCUCAUGGAGGAGUUUGCCAAACUCACUCAGACCCCUAGGACGCGUCGCAGCGAGGCCAUUCAUCAGCAGGAUGCUCAGGAGUUCCUCGCAUUUCCUAUUGCGCGGCCCUCCACAAUGAGGUCACAGGGGUCAGCAGUGCGGCCCAGGCUCCCCGUCCGGGACAUUGACCACUUGCCUGACAAUGAGAAAGGGAAGAGAAUGUGGAACAAAUACCUAGAGAGAGAGGACAGCAAAGUGGUUGAUCUGUUUGUGGGCCAGCUGAAGAGCUCUCUGACCUGCAGUGAGUGUGGUUACUGCUCCACUGUGUUCGAUCCAUUCUGGGACUUGUCACUACCCAUCGCUAAGAAAGGUUCAGGGGAGGUGAGUCUGACAGACUGCAUGCGACUCUUCACUAAAGAAGACGUACUGGAUGGAGAUGAGAAACCGACAUGCUACAGGUGUAAAACCAGGCGGAAAUGCACUAAGAAGUUCACCAUUCAGAAGUUCCCUCAAAUCCUUGUGCUUCACCUCAAGCGCUUCUCAGAGAACCGUGUUCGAACUAGUAAGCUCUCCACCUACGUCAACUUCCCCCUCAAAGAGCUGGACAUGAGAGAAUUUUGCUCUGAGAACAGCAUGAAUACAGUGUAUAAUCUCUAUGCCGUGUCCAACCACUCUGGGAACACGCUGGGUGGCCACUACACAGCCUACUGCAGGAACCCAGCCCUUGGGGAGUGGUACAGCUACAAUGACUCCAGGGUGAGCCCCAUGUCAUCCAGCCAGGUCCGCAGCAGUGAUGCCUACGUGCUCUUCUAUGAGCUGGCCUCCUCCUCUCAUUCACGCCUGUGAAGCUACAUGUCAUGGACAUAUGGGCUACAUAAAGCCUGGCAGCCUGGUCAUAUGGAUGACAUAUGCAAUGAGGCCUGUGUCUGGGUCUGAUGGUUGAUGUUUGAGCCUUGCUCUGUGGACUGCAUACAGUAUACUCUAUGUUUAUACAGGAGCCCUUGGCACUAUGGAUUUAGCUUCAGCACAUAGGCUGCACUGUACUGCCAGGAUACAGAGAUUGAGUUGUGGUUCAACCAUCUUCCGGGGACAUUGGGAAGAGCAUUGGGACAAUGGGAAGGCCCUUCCCAGCUAAAAACAUGUCCUCUAAAUAUCAUUGAAAGUCCCGGGGACGUGUGUGUGUGUGUGCGUGCGUGUUCGUGUGUGUGUGUGCGGUCACCAUGCAGACGGCGAAGAUGCCUCUCUGUGCACUACAACGAGGACUGUAUGACCCCACGCCGGAGUUGUCAUUCGUUUCAAGGUCACCACUGAGACAUGAAAGACUUUAUCACUCCGACCUUCCGUUCUGUAAAUGAUUCUAUUUAAAUUAGAUGUCAUCAUAUCUGUGACUUUAGAGAUGGGAUGACUCUCUAGCACCAUCUGUUGGUGUGCUGUGGUUGUAGGUUUUGCACAACCUCAUCUUCCUCCCUUUCAAUAGGACUGUGUGUGUGGCUGUGUGUGCAUGUGUGAAAGAGAGAGACAGAGAGAGCGGUCCCUCUCCAACUUCAAACUAGUGGUGGAGAUAUCAUGCCAUUGAAAAACGAGAUUGAGAGAAACUACAUCUCUAGCUAUGUUUUUUAUGACUAAACGCAUACUUUUGUAUUUAUAAAACAACAAGGUGAAUGUAACUACUGUUGUUCUAAUUAUUAAAAUAUCACUAUUUUUCAA